CGCCUCCGCCUCUGCUCUCUCCAGCCCGCCACGCCGCGCGCUGGUCCCUGCACAGCCUCUCGCGGCUCCCGGGCUUAGCCUCCCUCCAGAGCGAGCGGAGGGGCGCCGCAGUGGUGUGCAGCCGGCCGAGGGCGCCCGGGGAGGCGGCGCGGGGGGCGUGUGUGCGCGCGGGUGAAGGACGCCCCUUCUCACUCCGCGUUCGCAGGCGGCGGGCGGCGGGGCUUGGCGCUCUAGCGGCGGCGGCGGCGACAGCGGCGGCGGCUUCCGGAGUCCCGCCGCGAAGAUGCUCAAAGUCACGGUGCCCUCGUGCUCCGCCUCGUCCAGUUCUUCGGUCACCGCCAGUGCGGCCACGGGGACCGCGAGCCUCGUCCCGGAUUACUGGAUCGACGGUUCCAACCGGGAUGCUUUGAAUGAUUUCUUCGAGGUGGAGUCGGAGCUGGGACGGGGUGCUACAUCUAUUGUGUACAGAUGCAAACAGAAGGGGACCCAGAAGCCUUAUGCUCUCAAAGUGCUAAAGAAAACAGAUAUGUCACCAAGAGAGGAGUUGCAGGCUCAUAGGGUGGACAAAAAAAUCGUGAGAACUGAGAUAGGAGUUCUUCUUCGCCUGUCACAUCCAAACAUUAUAAAACUUAAAGAGAUAUUUGAAACUCCUACAGAAAUCAGUCUGGUUCUAGAACUGGUCACAGGAGGAGAGCUGUUUGACAGGAUUGUGGAAAAGGGCUAUUACAGUGAACGAGAUGCUGCUGAUGCUGUUAAACAAAUCCUGGAGGCAGUUGCUUACCUCCAUGAAAAUGGGAUUGUUCAUCGUGAUCUCAAACCAGAGAACCUUCUCUAUGCAACUCCUGCCCCAGAUGCACCACUCAAAAUUGCUGAUUUUGGACUCUCUAAAAUUGUGGAACAUCAAGUCCUCAUGAAGACAGUAUGUGGAACCCCAGGAUAUUGUGCACCUGAAAUUCUUAGAGGUUGUGCCUAUGGACCUGAGGUGGAUAUGUGGUCUGUAGGAAUAAUCACCUACAUCUUACUGUGUGGAUUUGAACCAUUCUACGAUGAAAGAGGUGAUCAAUUCAUGUUCAGGAGAAUUCUGAACUGUGAAUAUUACUUUAUCUCCCCCUGGUGGGAUGAAGUGUCUCUAAAUGCAAAAGACUUGGUCAGAAAAUUAAUAGUUUUGGACCCCAAAAAACGGCUAACUACUUUCCAAGCUCUCCAGCACCCCUGGGUCACAGGUAAAGCAGCCAAUUUUAUACACAUGGAUACUGCUCAGAAGAAGCUCUUGGAAUUCAAUGCUCGACGCAAGCUCAAGGCUGCUGUGAAGGCUGUUGUAGCUUCCUCCCGGUUGGGAAGUGCCAGCAGUAGCCAUGGCAGCAUCCAGGACAACCAGAAGGCCAGCCGAGAGCCAUCACCAAUCCAGGAUGGCAAGGAAGGAGAGGAGAUGCAAAGAGAUGAGGCUCAAGUACCAGUUAUGGGGGAAGAUGCUGAGCUGAUGAAGAUGCCGGCCGGAGAGAAUGUUCAGGAUGCAGAUAUAAAUUCUGCUGAGGUUACUACAACAGAGCCAGAGUUGCUAGAGGAUGGGAUAGAGGGGACUGAUCCUGAUCCGAAGACAGAGGAGGACCUAGAAGAGAUAAUGAAGACUGUAGAAGAAUCAGUGUCUCCUAAAGAAGGGCAAGAAAACAUUGCCCUGGAAUUUGGAGCUCAGCAGAAUGAUGUGGUCCUGCCAGAGCACUAAAUUGGCUUCCUUCCAGUCUGAGAGCCAAACCCCAUCAUUUUAUGCAUUCUUGUCCUUCAGCAAGGAAAAGUGUGGCAGCAUGAUAUGCAAUAUAGUGAUUCUGUUCCAAGGUGCGAGCAAAAAUACCCAUGUAUCUGUUGGUAAUAUUAACUUCAAUGCAUGUGACUGCUUUAUGACAAAAUAAUGUCUUCUAUGGUAUGUAAUGGAUACUUAAUAUUGAUGAGUUAAAUUUGAACUUGCAAGUAAACACAACAUAGUAUUUAAAUGUAUAUUUUUUUCCCCCACGGAUCAGUAGCACACACUUCCAGUAAAUUGUAACAUUGUUUUUACUUUGAAAGCCUUGCCAUGCUACAUCCUUAAGUUCACAAGGUAAUAAUUCCUUUUGGACUGUUCUGAGAUACUACUACUUAGUAUUCUCAUGAUAUUCACAAAAUUUUGUUUUUUCAGUAAUGUAUUCAGACUGUUUACAAGAACAUGGCCAUAGGUUAUAAUUGAAUGGUAUGUGCAUAGAAAAAAAAAAAAACGAAUUUCUACUUAUUAUGACAAGAUGCUGAAGCACACUUUCAAGGGCUGAGAGUCUACAUGCCCCUAAGAUUUGCAUUGAGCUAUGCUGUUUGUAAUUUGUCUUUAUUUCUACACAUCACCUUACUAAUAACCAAAAAAUAUUUUGUCAUAGAAUUCCGUCAUUUGUAGUCCUGAGAAAAGUAUUAUACAAACUCGUGGUGAAGGACAUCUUUUCCCUUCACCUGCUGUCUCAAGCACAUCCUUUCAGUAACCAACACUUAGGAUGGAAUUAAGAAAUUUGAGGAAGUAGUAGGAAUAUUGCUAGUAUUUCAACUAACAAAGUUCUUGCUAUAUUUCAGAUAAAGUUGGAUUUAUUCGUGUUUUGUACAACUUUAAGGAUCAGAAAUUUUUAUUGAUGAACUCUAUAAUCACCAAAUUUCACUUUUAGAAAAAUGUACUCCAUAGCCUGGUGCCAACAUAUCUGGAUAGAAUGAGAAUUACAUUCCACAGAAGAUCACUGACUUAACUAGUUUAUAAAAUUCUUAAAUUUAUUUUUAAAAUCUAAAUUUAUUUAUUGUUUUUACCAGAGCAUCACUCAUCUCUGGCUAUUGGUGGUGCUAGGGGUAGAAAUUAGGACUUUACAAAUAUCAGUUCUGUGUGUUGUCACUGCACUAUAUUCCCAGCCCCCUAUUUUUUUAAACUAAUGGUUAUCUAGACAUAUUGCUUAUGAAUUAAAGAUAUUUCUUAAAAGCAAAUAAAUCUUUUCACAUACUUGGAUCAGAGGUCCCCACAUUUUAGUGUCAUUUGGAAUGUUUCCAAAAAACAAAAUGUUUCCAUAAAAUAUAGGAUAUUGCAACUUUGUCUUAAUAAUCUAAGCUAAAAAUAAACAAAAACCCCACUGAUUCCAAAUCACACACUUAAAAAGCAGUGAUGCAAGAAAAAAAAAAGCUGUGAUACUAGACCUAAUCAUCUACAAUUACUUUUCAGAAUAUUUUGAAAUUUUCAUACAAACCCUUCUCUUUUGUAGAAAGUGCACUGUACCAACUAUCUUAGUUUUAUUUCAGGUUUUGAGUUAAAAUGAACAUUUAUCAAAUUAAUUAUGUAUAGAAUUUCUAGUAGGUUUCCUUAAUUAAAAAAAAGCUUAUUUUCAAUGGCUCACACAAAAACCUAUAUCAAAAAGAAAUCCCAAAUUAUUUAGACUUUUUCCUCAAAACUAUUAAUCUAAACUGAAAUUGUAUCUCUGGUUUCUGGGGGUUAUUGAGGAAUAUUAAACAUUCUUUUUUCCACAUAUGAAUCUUCCUUCAUAGAUCUUCUCAUGAGAAGAAAGUGUGGUCAAGCUUCCCUCCCAUAGUUUAGUGGCCUCACCCUAACAGAUCACUGACAAAGGGGAAAAGAACCUUAAAGACACAUCAUCUGAGCUCAGAGACACAUCAUCUGAGCUCAGAGGAAGAUAAUCUGAGCUGUACUUUUUAUUACUACCCACUCCUUCCCUGUUACCUUCCUUCCUUUUUGAUUUUAUCUCAGAAUUCUCAUUUUGGCUAUUACAAAACACACCCUAUUUUCUAACAUUUAAGAAUGACUUCUUUAGUAAGCAUUAAGACUUGCAUUUAGAAGAUUACUUCCUUUGGGUACUUUUCCCAAUGAGAUUUAACACCCAAAUAUAGUAAGAGCACACAUACUGGAAAAGUGAAGGAGAGAUGGGAGGGAUCUUACUAGAAA